CUGAAUAGUAAUCUCUUUGCAGAUAUUUGAUCUGCAGAUAUUUUUCCUUCAUUCCAUGGGGUGCCUUUUCACUCUAUUGAUACUGUCAUUUGAUGUUCAAGUGUUCUAUAUCUAUGUAGACCAAUUUUGUGUGUUUAGUCCACUUUAUCUACUUGUUUUGUUACCUGUACCUUUAGUAACACAUCUAAUCAUGCCAAAUUCAAUGCCAUAGGUUUUUCUCUUGUGUUUUAUUUAAGAAUUUCUCAGUUUUGACUUUUACAUUUAGAUAUUUGAUCUUUUUGAGUUAACUGUUGUGUAUAGUAUAUCUUUUUUUAAGAUUUAUUUAUUCAAAAUGCGGAGUGACAGAAGGAGAGACAGAGAGAGAGAUCUUUUAACCCCUGGUUCAUUUCCCAAACGACUGCAAUAACCAGGGGUGGGCCAGGACAAAGCCAGGAACCAGGAACUCCAUCCUGGUCUCUCAUGUGGGUGGCAGAGACCCAAGUACUUGAGCCAUCUUCUGCUGCUUUCCCUGGUUUAUUAGCAGGAAGCUGUAUUGCAAGCAGAGCAACGAGGGCUUGAACUGGCACUCUGAUACCAGCUGCUGGCAUUGCAGGCAAUGACUUAACCCAGUGCACCACAACUGUGGCCCCUCCAGCGUCCUUUAAACUUUUGCAUACGGAUAUUCGAUUUUCCUGGCACCAGUAGUGAAAACAUUAUCUUUCCCCACUAAAUGUCUUAGCAGUUCUGUUGAAAAUGGUUUGACUAUAUAUGCAAUGUUUGGUUUCUGGGUUGUCCAUUUUAUUCUAAUAGUAUAUGUGUCUAUGAUUAUGACAUCAGUGUUACGAUUAUUGCUUUGCAGUAAGUUUUUUAAAAAAGAUAUAUUUAUUUAUUUUUGAAAGAAUUAGAGGGAGAGACAGAAAUCUUCCAUCUGAUGGUUCAAUCCCCUGAUGGGUGCAAGGGCUAGCUCUGGGCCAGGCUGGAGCCAGGAGCUUCAUCCGAGUUUCCCGUGUAGGUGGCCAGGGCCCAGACACUUGCGCCAUCUUCUGUUGCUUUUCCCAGGUCAUUAGCAGGGAGCUGAAUCAAAAGUGGAGCAGUGUCCAUAUGGGAUAUUGACAUUGCAGGCAGUCACUUAAUCUGCUAAGCCACAACACUGACCCCUGUAGUACGUUUUAAAAUCAGAAGAGACCUCCAGCUUAGUUCUACUUUUUAAAGACUGUUUAGGUGUUCAGGGUGUCUUGGAGUUCCAUAUGAUUUUUAGAAUGAGUUUUUCUGUUGUUGAAAAAAACAUCAUUGAGGUUUUGAUAGGGAUAGUAUUGAAUCUGUAGAUCCCUUUGAGCAGUAUUUUUAUAUUAUUUAGUGUAUAGUCUUGGCUCCUGAGUCAGGUUUAUUUCUGAGUAUUUUAUUCUUUUAGAUACAGUUAUAAAUGGGAGUAUUUUCUUAUUCUUUUUGGGAAUGUUCUUUGAAAAUAUAUAAAAACACAGAUUGUUUUUGCAUAUUUAUCUUGGACCCUCCAGCUAUGCUAAAUUCAUUUUUUAGCUCUAAGUAGUUUUUCUGUGGAUUCUAUAGAAUUUUCUAUAUAUAUAGGAUCGUGCCAUCUGUAAGUUGAGAUCGUUUUACUCUUCCUUUCCAAUUUUGAUGCCUUUUCUUUCUUUUUCUUGCCUACUUGCUCUGACUAGGACUUCCAGAAGUGAUGAGUAGCUGUGGUAAAGUGUACACACUUGUCUUGUCCCUGAUGCUAGGAGGAGAGUUUUCAGUCUUUCGUUGAUGAUUAUGAUGUUAGCUAUCGGUCUUCACAAGUGCCCUUUAUCAGACUAAGGAAAUUUCUUUCUAUUCCUAGUUUGAUGAAUAUUUUUCUUAAAAGAGUGUUGAAGAUUGGCAAAUGCCUCUUUUCCAAAAUGAUAGUGUGGGGUUUUCUUCCCCUUCGUUCUAUUAAUGGGUUAUAUUUUUCUUAUGUUGAAAUACUCUUACAUUCCUGAGAUAAAUCCCUCUUGUGAGUGGUGUGUAAUUUGUAUAAUGUGCUAUUGUCUCCUUAAAUUCUUUUUUUUUUUUUUAAUUUUUUUUAUUCAAUUGAAAGGCAAGUUACAGACAGAAGGAGAGACAGAGGGAGAGAUCCUCCAUCCACUAGUUCAUUCUUCAAAUGGCUGCAAUGGCCAGGGCUCAGCCAGGCCGGAGCCAGGAGCCAGAAGCUUCCUCUGGGUCUGCCAUGUGGUUGCAGGGGCCCAAACACCUGGGCCAUCCUCUGCUUUCCCAAGUGCAUCAGCAGGGAGCUGGAUGGGAAGUGGAGCAGCCCAGACUAGAAUUGGCACCCUGAUGGGAUGCUGGCACUGCAGGCUGUGGCUUUAACCUGCUGUGCCACAGUGACCCCUUGUCCCCUUAAAUUCUUACUUGUAGAUUUGGAGUAGAAGCCAACAGCUAAGAAUGUAGAACCCUCUACCAAUCCAGGGAGAGAUAAGAGGAAGAAGUGAUACUGCCUUACCUUUGUAGCAGUGGACUAUAUUUCAACAAAUAUAAAAGGUGUGUGCACCAGAAGAAACCACAUUUCACCUCCUACACUUGUCGUUAAUGAGAGAGUAUAUUGACUAUGAAUUUUCAGCAUUAAAAGAAAAGAUCACAUUUAAAUAUGACAUUGAAAGAAUUAUAGAUGAUUGGAUUUUGAUGGGAUUUCUUGUUGGCAAUGAUUUUAUCCCUCAUCUACCUCAUUUACAUAUUAAUCAUGAUGCACUGCCUCUUCUUUAUGGAACAUAUAUUACCAUCCUGCCAGAACUUGGGGGUUAUAUUAAUGAAAGUGGGCAUCUCAACUUACCUCGAUUUGAAAAAUACCUUGUGAAACUAUCAGAUUUUGAUCGGGAGCACUUCAGUGAAGUUUUUGUGGACCUAAAGUGGUUUGAAAGCAAAGUUGGUAACAAGUACCUAAAUGAAGCAGCGGGUAUUGCAGCAGAAGAAGCCAAGAACUAUAAGGAAAAGAAAAAAUCAAAGGGCCAAGAAAACUCUAUAUGUUGGGCUGCUUUAGACAAAAAUGAAGUAGUAACUUCUAAGGAUAAUUUAGAAGAUGAGACUGAAGAUGAUGACCUAUUUGAAACCGAAUUUAGACAAUAUAAAAGAACAUAUUACAUGACGAAGAUGGGAGUUGAUGUAGUGUCUGAUGACUUUCUGGCUGAUCAAGCUGCAUGUUAUGUUCAGGCAAUACAGUGGAUUUUGCACUAUUACUAUCAUGGAGUUCAGUCCUGGAGCUGGUAUUAUCCUUAUCAUUAUGCACCUUUCCUAUCUGAUAUCCGAAAUAUUAGUACACUCAAAAUCCAUUUUGAACUUGGAAAACCUUUUAAGCCAUUUGAACAGCUUCUUGCUGUACUUCCAGCAGCUAGCAAAAACUUGCUUCCUGCAUGUUACCAGCAUUUGAUGACCAGUGAAGACUCACCAAUUAUAGAAUAUUAUCCACCUGAUUUUAAAACAGACCUAAAUGGGAAACAACAGGAAUGGGAAGCUGUGGUAUUAAUACCUUUUAUUGAUGAGAAGCGAUUGUUGGAAGCAAUGGAAGCUUGUAAUCACUCCCUCAAAAAGGAAGAGAGGAAAAGAAACCAACAUAGCGAGUGCCUAAUGUGUUGGUAUGAUGGAGAAACAGAGUUCACCUACCCCUCUCCAUGGCCAGAAAAGUUUCCUGCCAUAGAACGAUGUUGUGCAAGGUACAAAAUAAUAUCAUUAGAUGCUUGGCGUGUAGACAUAAAUAAGAACAAAAUAACCAAGGUUGACCAGAAAGCAUUGUAUUUCUGUGGAUUUCCUUCUCUGAAACACAUCAAACACAAUUUUUUUUUGAAGAAAAGUGGUGUUCAAGUGUUCCAGCAAAGCAGUCGUGGUGAAAACAUGAUGUUGGAAAUCUUAAUGAAUACAGGCUCAGAUGAACUUAGUAUAGAAAAUGUAGCUUCAUCUGUACUUGGAAAGUCUGUCUUUGUUAAUUGGCCUCACCUUGAAGAAGCUAGAGUUGUGGCUGUAUCAGAUGGAGAAACUAAGUUUUACUUGGAAGAACCUCCAGGAACGCAGAAACUUUAUUUGGGAAGAACUGCCCCACCGUCUAAAGUGGUCCAUCUUGGGGAUAAAGAACAAUCUAACUGGGCAAAAGAAGUACAAGGAAUUUCAGAACACUACUUGAGAAGAAAAGGAAUAAUAAUAAAUGAAACAUCUGCAGUUGUGUAUGCUCAGUUACUCACGGGUCGUAAAUAUCAAAUAAAUCAAAAUGGUGAAGUUCGUCUAGAAAAACAAUGGUCAAAACAAGUUCUUCCUUUUGUUUAUCAAACUAUUGUCAAGGACAUCCGAGCUUUUGACUCCCGUUUCUCCAGUAUCAAAACAUUGGAUGAUUUGUUUCCUCCUAGAAGUAUGGUCUUUAUGCUGGGAACCCCCUAUUAUGGCUGCACUGGAGAAGUUCAGGAUUCAAGUGAUGUGAUUACAGAAGGUAGGAUUCGUGUGGUUUUCAGCAUUCCAUGUGAACCCAAUCUUGAUGCUUUAAUACAAAACCAGCAUAAAUAUUCUAUAAAGUACAACCCAGGAUAUGUGUUGGCCAGUCGCCUUGGAGUGAGUGGAUACCUUGUUUCAAGGUUUACAGGAAGUAUUUUUAUUGGAAGAGGAUCUAGGAGAAACCCUCAUGGAGACCAUAAAGCAAAUGUGGGUUUGAAUCUCAAAUUCAACAAAAAGAAUGAGGAGGUCCCUGGAUAUACUAAGAAAGUUGGAAGUGAAUGGAUGUAUUCAUCUGCAGCAGAACAACUUCUUGCAGAAUACUUAGAGAGAGCUCCAGAACUAUUUAGUUAUAUAGCCAAAAAUAGCCAAGAGGAUGUAUUCUAUGAAGAUGACAUUUGGCCUGGAGAAAAUGAGAAUGGUGCUGAGAAAGUCCAGGAAAUUACGACUUGGCUAAAAGGACAUCCUGUCAGUACUUUGUCUCGUUCUUCAUGUGAUUUACAAAUUCUGGAUGCAGCAAUUGUUGAGAAAAUUGAGGAAGAAGUUGAAAAGUGCAAGCAAAGAAAGAAUAAUAAGAAGGUUCGAGUGACAGUAAAGCCCCAUUUGCUGUACAGACCUUUGGAACAGCAACAUGGAGUCAUUCCUGAUCGAGAUGCAGAAUUUCGUCUCUUUGACCGUGUUGUAAAUGUGAGAGAGAACUUUUCAGUUCCAGUUGGCCUUCGGGGCACCAUCAUAGGAAUUAAAGGGGCUAAUAGAGAAGCUGAUGUACUAUUUGAAGUAUUAUUUGAUGAAGAAUUUCCUGGAGGCUUAACAAUAAGGUGCUCACCUGGAAGAGGUUAUCGAUUGCCAACAAGUGCCUUGGUGAACCUUUCUCAUGGAAGUCGCCCUGAAAGUGGAAAUCAGAAAUUGACAGCCAUUGUGAAACCACAGCCAGCUGUGAAUCCCUGUAGCUCCAACUCGUUAAUUUCCUCUGGACAUAUGGGCGGCCUCAACCAUUCCCCUCAGUCACUUUUUGUUCCUACUCAAGUACCUGUUAAAGAUGAUGAUGAAUUUUGCAAUAUUUGGCAGUCCUUACAGGCAUCUGGAAAGCUUCAACACUUUCAGCCAACUACACAAGAUAAGGGUGCAGUUCUACCUCAAGAAAUUAAUCAAGUAACUCAACAACAUAAAUCUGGCUUAAGUGACAACAGCGUUAAAUACCAGCAAAGAAAACAUGACCCUCACAGAAAAUUUAAAGAAGAGUGUAAGAGUCCUAAAGUUGAGUGUCGGUCACAAAAAAUGUCCAAUAAGCAGACUUUUGGAGGGCCUGCCAAAUGUAAUAUUAAGCUAUUGAAGAGAAAUGAAAGUCCAGAAGUCUCAGAAACCCAAAAGGUUGUGACUGGUUAUCCAAAUCCUAUUGAUAAGCCUAACUCUGGAAUGGAGAACAUUUUAGCAUCCUUGACUAUCUCCAAAGAAAAUGAAGUCUCGUCAGCUCAUCAUGGAGAGCCUCUAAAUGAAGAGCAUUUGUCCCCACAGUCAUUUGCUAUGAAGGGAACAAAGAUGCUUAAAGAAAUACUAAAAAUUGAUGGAUCCGACACUGUGGACCGUAAGAAUGAGAUGAAAAAAUCUGGUGAUGAAGUCACUGUUUCUUCUAAUAGAAAAGAUGAAUAUGGACUGGCCUCACAGCCUAAACAAAAUAAGAAAUUAUCAUCUUAUAUGAAUAAGCCUCACAGUGUUAAUGAGUACCAUAAUGUUCAGUCUAUGGACAAUGUGUGUUGGCCUGCUCCCAGCCAGAUUCCUCCUUUGUCUACACCGGUAACUGAACUUUGUCGAAUUUGUUCACUUGUUGGAAUGCCACAACCAGAUUUCUCCUUUCUUCGAACACCACAGACCAUGACAGUUUGCCAGGUAAAGUUAUCUAAUGGCCUACUGGUACAUGGGCCACAGUGCCACUCUGAAAAUGAAGCCAAGGAAAAAGCUGCACUUUUUGCUUUACAACAGUUGGGCUCCUUAGUGAACUUCCCUUUGUCUCCACCAAUAUUUCCAAAUUAUCCUUCUGCUGUAACGCCUGGAACCAUUCCUCCAGUCUUUCCCCAACCUACUGGCUGGGAUCACUAUGGAAGCAACUUAGCAUUGGGGGCAGCUAACAUAAUGCCUCCAUCUCAUCUCUUCGGCUCAAUGCCGUGGGGACCACCAGUACCAGUUCCUGGGAAGCCCUUCCAUCAUCCUCCAUAUUCUGGGACCAUGCCCAUGGCUGGAGUGAUGCCAGGUGGUGUGCAUAAUCAGUUCAUACCUCUGCAGGUUACCAAAAAAAGGGUUGCAAACAAAAAGAUCAUUGAGAAUAAGGAGGCCCAGAGUUCUUCUCAAACCACUCCAGCUAAGACUAACCAGCCAGGAUCUCCUGAUGGCCCCAAAGGGAGUCUGCAGGACCGCCCAUCGGCUUCCCUAAAGCCCUCUGAGACUGCGCCGCCUUCGUCUUCUAUUCAAGUUGAAGCUGCCUCUCAGGGCCAUGGUGCGUCUCACCGUAAGUCAGCACCAAGUUCUUCAAGAAGAAAAUCAAGAAAACUGGCUGUCAAUUUUGGCAUUUCUAAACCUUCUGAAUAAAUUUGGUACUUGGAAUUCAAUUAAUUUGUUUAUUUUGCAUCACCUUUUUUACAGGUCCAUAUCCAUGUCUCAUAAAAAAUGAGCAUACUACUAUUUUAAAAUAAUAGGUUUAAAGUGAGAAGUUUUCCUUUUUAAGAUGCCAGGCACUUUUCAUGCUAUUUAAAGGUUAAAUAUCAGAUUGUGCACUUUAAAUAUGUGCAGUUUGUUGUGCAUCAGUUAUGCCUCAAUAAAGCUGUAAAAAAAAAAAAAAAACUAAAUUAAACCUUGUGCUAAAAUAGUAUGAGUGGGCUAAGCAUUAAAAUGUACCACUCUAACCACUGGCCUCCUCGUUAGAAAUAUCCCCAACUAUGAAUUAGACACCCUUUUAGCAAUAAUAGUAAAACUUUGUUUUACAUUAUCAUUGGGGUAUAAUUAAUUGGAGCAUGAAAAUUGAGCCUCAAGUAUGAUUUACUAAACGUAAGGAUUCUUUUUCUCUUUUUAAUGAUGUAACAAAAUGAAUCAAGAGAAUGGCUCUUCUGUAUGUGUAUUUUAACUUCUAUUCUCUGUCCCUGAGGGGCCUGUGAAAUGAUCACACUUGUUGUGGUGCUGCCAGUUUUGCUUUAUUCUCAAUUUUGUACCAAAGCAACUUUAGAUUACUGAUCAGAAGAAUAUUUCAUUUAAUUGUUAAGAAACAUAAAUAGCAAUCUAGAUUUGAGUUAGUACUUUAAAAGUUUUCUAGAUUAUUCAAGAACCAGCAUUAGUAAUUUCUAAUAAAAUUGUUUCAAAAUCUACAGGGUACAGUUACUACAGAUUUAUCUUCUAUAGAAUAAAGAACAAAAUAUGAAUCACGUUGUUACUAUUUUGUGUAGCUUUUGAUCUGCUUACUUAACAUACGUGAGAGCUCCAGUGUUGGUCCAUGUGUAAUGCUUCUUGGGAGUGAUGGAAUUCAAUUUUUUUUAAGUCUAAGGUGUGCUGUGAUACAGGCACAAUCCGUUUGUGAUGUACAUUAUUUACUGCCUGUCUCAUUGGAGUUCUGUAAUUUUAGCUUUAUGCGAACUGUUCAUUGAUGCUGGUGUUUCGUCUUUGCAUGUCAUGUGGAGGUGUGUUGGUCAUAUUAUAACUGUUGAAAUUAUUUUAGAAAAUGUCUCAGUGGUACCAGGGCCUGGGUUUUUAUAGAUAUAUAUAUGUAUAUGUGUGUAUAAUAUAUAUAUUUAUCCUUUAGUUUUUGUGAUAUGCUUAUAUUUUUAAAGAAGUAAGUUAUACUUUUUUAAAGAACCACAAUCUUUAUAUGGAGCUGCUUAUGAUUAUAUCUGAUUUCAUUUAGCACAUUGAAAGCUUUGCCAUGAGUCUCAGUCUGCUUGUUUUUUUAAAUGCUGGUAUUCCUUUCUCUAAUUGCUGGUUCCAGAGUUUCUCUAGCUAUGAGGAGCAUAUUUGUAUUUUAGUAGUGCCUUUUGUAUAAGUGAUAAAUGGUAUUUAUUCAUCAUUUAUUGUAGUCAUGUGGGUUUCUAUGACUUUGUUUUCUAAUAAUUUCCUAAGUUCAGAUGUUCAUCAGUUCCCACAUUUCCUUGUUUGUUUAUCUACAGUGGGAUCUUAGUAAUGAGCUCAAGUAAUUCUCAGUGUUUAUCUUUAUUGCCUCACAAAUUCUCUGUUUUAAGGGGAAGGGAUUACAAGGAAAAGUUAAAUUGUGACAGUAAUGUUCUGUUAGCCUCUUACUACUUUAAAGUGUGGGAUAUUUUUCUCCUGACUUAACUGUGUGAACUCUAGCAUUCAAGGACUGCCUCAUUCAUCACGCCAGUGAGAGAGUUCUAUAAACCGUGUUCUGCCCACAUCUGUUACAGAACACAGAGGAAGGAUCAUGGGCCAUCUUUGGAAAGCUCAAGAGUAGGUUGACUAAACAUCAUGCCACUGAGCCCAUAAAGACACUUGUCCAAUGUUUGAGUACAACCAGCUGAUAAUUCUAUAUGGAUAGGCAGUAAAAGUGUUUUCUUUUCCUUUCUUCCCUUUUUCUUUUUAGAAAAAGCAUGUUGUUCUAGCAGUCAAGAUUGAAAAGGAGAGAACUCCAUAAUGACUACAUAGUGGUCAGUCAUUCCCUGUUCUUUUAUCCUCAUAGCCCUGUUCCAAGUGUGGGCCCCAGAUCACGGCGCAUGCGCCCCCUAUGAAGGACAUGGAGGAAAGGGCAUGGUUCCCUCAGGAUGACCUGGAGACUGGAUCCACUGGUAGUCAUGCCUGGGGGAGUCCACUACACCUCUGAGAAACAGCUGGACUUUGGAAAACUUACAGUUUUUCUCUUUGGGCGAGGCAGACUAAAACCAUCCCCCAGAGUUUAAAAAUAUGCUCAUUCAGCUGUUUACUUAGGAGAACUUUCUGUGUAAAUGAUGGCCUGUAGGGUACAGAAGGAAAGAUUCCCCAGAUUACUCCGUGCUUCCACGUAACCAGAGUACUAAAAUCUACUGAAGCCUUCUUCACGCUGAAACAUUAUUUCUAAAUGUUCUUGUUCAAUACUUUUUUUUUUUUUUGGACCAAAUUAAGUGGAUUUUGAAGAGUGACCCUUCCGGUCUCUUUCCUUUUCACAACUUCCUCCAUUACCUGGUCCUAACCUCAGUUUUACAAUAUGAUAAAUAUAAUGUGUUAAUUGUUUUAGAUAUCAUACAGACUGAAGUCUUAAACAUCUAAGACUCAAUUGCAUGAAAUUAAAUUGACUUCAGUUGAACCUGGAUUUCAAUUUAAGAUUUUAUCUUUCAAAGGGGUACAUAGCAAAGAUCAGAAUUUGUUUUUCCUAAUAAUGGGAGGGAUGAGGAACUGUUAAUGCAAGGUUUUCAUAAUUUCUUUAUUUUUCUUUGAUCUGAUAUUUGCUUUGGCUUUAGACUCCUUCCAAAUUAAUCUAGGUUCUUGUUUUUAAGAGGAGGAGGCAAAAACAGGGAGGCAGUUGGAAGAAGGAAAUCGGUUAAAUUUGUAUCACUCGCCAUUUCCAUACCGGCUAUGUGGCUUCUUCCGUUAUGGGAGUGAGGUGCAGCCGCGCCCAUCUCCUCCGAAGUUAGUCCUAACAUGCUCCUCCCAGUUUCCAGAGCAUCUUUCUUAACGCAACUCUGCACAGUUCCAGCUUUUCGAGGCCGCUUUAUUUCUUAGUGCCAUGUUGCUUCCAUGCUGUGUUUUUACUGCAGAAGAGAAUGAAUUUAUUGGAGAGAAAUUGCUCAGCAAAGCAUUCUCUUAGAACCACGUAUCACAGAAGUCCACUUGUUGUUUUUCUAGAGAUAGUGAGAGUACUCUAACUGGCAGUGUACCUGACGUCCGUUUUGUAAGCUUUGCCAGUGAAACGGUCUUUUUUGCAGGAGACUCCUUUCCUAGUCAGGCUAAAGCUUAAACUGCCAGAAAUGAAUGUUUUUCCACCUGACUUGAUUAUAUUUCCAUCAGACGUCCUCGUAUUCUACCAGGGAGCAGUAAACAGUAUUGAAAUAGACAGCGUCAGAUCUCCAGCAGAGGAAUCAGGCAGAUCAUCGUGUUUCACUGUUCGCUUACAGAGUUAAGGACUCAGACGUCACAGAUUCUUCUUAGAGAAUCGGAGGGGAAACAUGCAUAAAAUAGCUGUAGUCAAGAAUGUCAGCUUCCACAGCUUCGUGUGUGCGUGCGUGUGUGUGCGUGUGCGUGUGUGUCAGCCAGUCUCAAGGCCUUGCUCAGUCAGUGCAUUCAGCCAUCUCAAGUGCAAUUUCUGAAGGAAACUGUGGUUUCCAACAGAUAUAUUUUUUACAUAGCUUAACCUAUGAAAGUUCAUUUUUUUUCCAGCAUUACACUCAUUGCUAUUGAUCGUUUCAAUAUAUUUGGUAUACUAUUAAAUUGCCCAGGCCAAAUAAUUUUCUGUAGCUGUUUUAGUAAUUUGGAGCCAAAUUCUCAUUUGUUUCUCCUGAAAAAAUUGGAGUGAGAAUUGAGGCCACAGUUUGUUGUAAGUCCUUUGAUUUCUUUCUUUUCUUUCUUUUUCCUUACAAUGAAGGGUUUUUCUGUGUAGUUUUGAUUUUGGUUUCUUUAAAAUUUUGGGGGCAAAAAGAGGGCCUCAAGUAUCAUAUAUUUUCUUUUGCCUGCGCCCAGUUGCUUCUUUGAGUGUUUUCAUCUAUUUGGAUGUAUAGUAAUAGAUGGCGUGCUGUGUCACCAACGUGUUCAACAUUUUGUUCAUUUAAAUACUAUAAUUAGGUGUCAUUCAUAUAUAUAUAUCUUAAUUCAUUUCUUUUCUCACAUAUAUAUUUUAUAAGUAACUGGAAUUUUUCAUUAGAUCUUAUACAGAGCAGUAUUUUAUUAAAAAUUCAAAAGGGAAGACUUUUAUGUGCUCAUUUUAUAGAUUUUGGUUUUUAAAUAUCUUUACAUUGUUUGUCUGCCAAUUAAAGUGUUUUAAUCUUGCAUUGCAAUGGACUCCGAAUGUAUUUUUGUGUUGUACAUUUGUAGAUUUCUAGCAUGAAGUUAGCCUCAACAUGCUGUGCUAAAGAAUUUUAAAAUAUGAGUCACUGAAAGUUUAAAACAUCUAUACAUGUUAAGUGCUGUAUGGAUUUUAAUUAAAGACUUGAGAAUGAUUUCAUAA